AUGUCUCCGAAAGACUCAGGCGACAGCCUCAAGGAUGAGGGUUCCCGACUCCAAGUAACCCUGGCCGGCGCAACAGCCGGCCUCAUCUCUCGCUUCGUAAUCGCCCCCCUAGACGUAGUCAAAAUUCGCCUGCAGCUCCAGCCGCACUCCCUCUCCGACCCGCUUCUCUCCUCCCGCCUCGACCAACUCCGCGGGGGCCCCAUCUACAAAGGCACGCUCCGCACCAUGCAACAUAUCGUGCGCCACGAGGGUCUCCCCGGCCUCUGGAAAGGCAACGUCCCCGCCGAGCUGCUGUACGUCUGCUACUCCGCCGUGCAGUUCACGACGUACCGCACCACGACCCAGCUUUUGCGGGCAGUGUUCGAGCAGGACUCCUUGCCGCAGGCAGCCGAGAGUUUCGUGUGUGGUGCGACCGGGGGCGCGGCCGCGACGGCCGUGACGUACCCGUUGGAUUUAUUACGGACGAGGUUUGCCGCGCAGGGGAAUGACGAUCGGGUGUAUCCUAAUCUAAGGCGGGCAAUUCGGCAAAUCUAUCGGGACGAGGGGCUACGUGGAUUUUUUCGUGGGUUAGGACCCGGCGUUGCCCAAAUCGUGCCCUACAUGGGGUGUUUCUUUGCAUUCUACGAGACCCUACGUCCCGUGUUGGGGCCUUUAGAUCUACCGUUUAGCAGUGGGACAGCCGUAGCGGGGACGAUUGCUAGUGUUGCGGCGAAGACGGUGACGUUCCCGUUGGAUCUGGUGCGUAAGAGGAUUCAGGUACAGGGGCCUACGCGGGGCAGGUAUGUGCAUAAGAAUAUUCCGGAGUAUAAGGGGGGUGCGGUGGGGACGUUUAGGACGAUUUUGAGAAUGGAGGGGAUGAGGGGUCUGUAUAGGGGGUUGACGGUCAGCUUGGUGAAGGCUGCGCCGGCGAGCGCGGUGACGAUGUGGACUUAUGAGAGGGCGUUGCGGUUUUAUGAGGGAGUUUGGGAACGGUUUGAGUUGAGGUGGUAG